UCUGGCUGUGCGCGGGCGGCCUUGGUUCUUUGGCGCUCAGUCCUGGCGGCAGCGCAAUCCGAGAUGGCAGCGACAGUCUUGAGGGGCAAGGAACUGGCGGCACAAGUCAGGGAACGAUUGAAGAAUGAAGUGAGUCAGAUGAAGGAACAGGUUCCUGGCUUUCGGCCCGGGCUGGCUAUUCUGCAGGUUGGAGACAGAGAUGAUUCUAACCUAUACAUCAGUAUGAAGCUUAAAGCUGCAGCUGAGAUUGGGAUGAAUGCCAACUGCGUGAAGCUGCCAAAAACUGCCACCGAAGACGAGGUGCUGAGUAACAUCACCCACAUUAAUGAGGAUCCCACUCUGCAUGGACUCAUUGUUCAGCUCCCACUGGACUCCAUUAACCCAAUUGACAUUGAAAAAGUAACAAAUGCAGUUACCCCCGAGAAGGACGUUGAUGGAUUAACCAGCAUUAAUGCAGGGAAACUGGCUCGAGGAGACCUGGAUGCUUGCUUCAUACCCUGUACUCCCAAUGGCUGCUUGGAGCUGAUUAAACAGACAGGUGUGAAGUUGGCGGGCGCUCGGGCUGUCGUUAUCGGGAGGAGCAAGAUCGUUGGUGCUCCCAUGCGUGACCUCCUGGUGUCAAACCAUGCCACCGUGACCACGUGCCAUUCUAAGACGGCUGACCUCCAGGGAGAGGUUGGGAGAGCCGACAUUCUGGUGGUUGGAGCUGGCAAAGCCGAGAUGGUAAAAGGAAAUUGGAUCAAACCUGGAGCUGUCGUCAUCGACUGUGGAAUAAACCACAUUCCCGACGACACAAAGGCAAGUGGAAAGCGUGUGGUUGGCGAUGUGGCUUACAGUGAGGCCAAGCAGGUAGCUUCGUACAUCACCCCUGUGCCUGGUGGAGUGGGACCAAUGACUGUCUGUAUGCUUAUGUCGAACACUGUGGAAGCUGCAAAACGCUAUUUGGAGAGCAACAAGCCAGGCAAGUGGCCCAUUCACUACACCAAGCUUAACCGUGUGGAUCCCGUCCCCAGUGACAUUGUGAUUUCACGGUCUUGCACACCGAAGCACAUCAGCCGCGUGGCUAAGGAGGUGGGUUUGUUAUCGGAUGAAGUGGAACUCUACGGCAAGUCAAAGGCAAAGGUGCUUCUGUCCACACUCGAACGGCUGAAGGACCAACCGGACGGGAAAUAUGUCGUCGUCACAGGCAUUACCCCCACGCCGCUUGGUGAAGGCAAGAGCACAACCACGAUCGGCCUGGCUCAGGCCAUUGGCGCUCACCUGGACAUCAAUGUUUUUGCUUGUGUUCGACAACCAUCACAGGGCCCAACCUUUGGGAUCAAAGGUGGAGCAGCAGGUGGUGGCUAUUCCCAGGUUAUCCCGAUGGAAGAGUUCAACCUUCACCUGACGGGUGACAUCCACGCCAUCACUGCAGCCAACAACCUGGUCGCUGCUGCCAUCGACGCUCGUAUGUUCCAUGAGGCCACGCAAUCUGACAAGGCUCUGUUUGACCGUCUGGUUCCUGCCAAUAAAGGAGUCAGAACGUUCAGCGCGAUUCAACUGAGGAGAUUGCAGAAACUAGGAAUUAAUAAAAGUGAGCCCACUGCACUGACCGACGAAGAAAGAGAUCGCUUUGUGAGGCUGGAUAUUGAACCUGAUACUAUUACUUGGCAACGAGUGAUGGAUACAAACGACAGGUUCCUGAGGAGGAUAACGAUCGGCCAGUCCAGUACUGAAAAGGGAUACACCAGAACAACACAGUUCGACAUCACAGUGGCAAGUGAGAUAAUGGCAGUGCUGGCAUUGACCAAUAGUUUGAAGGACAUGAGAGAGCGGCUGGGCAAGAUGGUGGUUGCUUCCAACAAGAAAGGAGAGCCAGUAACCACGGACGAUUUAGGCAUCAGUGGAGCUUUAGCUGUGCUGAUGAAGGAUGCCAUUAAACCCAACCUCAUGCAGACACUGGAGGGGACCCCCGUGUUUGUUCAUGCUGGACCUUUUGCCAACAUCGCACAUGGAAACUCCUCCAUCCUGGCUGACGAAAUAGCUUUAAAACUUGUCGGGCCUGGUGGUUUUGUAGUUACGGAGGCAGGAUUUGGAGCAGACAUCGGAAUGGAGAAGUUCUUCAACAUUAAGUGCAGGUACUCGGGCUUGCGUCCCCAUGUGGUCGUGCUGGUUGCCACUGUGAGGGCUCUGAAAAUGCAUGGCGGGGGCCCUACGGUGACAGCAGGUGUUCCUCUGCCGAAGGAAUAUAUUGAAGAGAACCUGGACUUGUUGGGGAAGGGUUGCAGUAACCUCCGUAAACAGAUCGAGAACGCAAACUUGUUCGGAGUUGCAGUGGUGGUAGCUGUCAAUGCCUUCAAAACAGAUACAGAGGCUGAGCUCGAGCUGGUGUGCAGCACAGCCAAGGAAAUGGGUGCGUUCGAUGCUGUGAAGUGCACCCACUGGGCUGAAGGUGGUCUGGGAGCUGUUGAAUUGGCCAAAGCUGUACAGAGAGCUUCUCAGCAGGAGAGUGACUUCAAGUUCCUCUACCCUUUGGAGCUCCCCAUUGUGGACAAAAUCCGAACCAUUGCCCAAAAAAUCUAUGGUGCGGCUGAUGUGGAGCUCAGCCCCGAGGCACAGCACAAACUGGAGGUUUAUACCAAACAGGGAUUCGCUGAUCUGCCGAUCUGCAUGGCCAAGACUCAUCUGUCCUUAUCUCACAUGCCAGAGAAGAAAGGAGCACCAACGGGAUUCAUUCUGCCGAUCCGGGACAUCCGUGCAAGUGUUGGUGCAGGGUUCCUGUACCCGCUAGUGGGCACGAUGAGCACCAUGCCAGGAUUGCCAACCAGACCCUGCUUUUAUGACAUUGAUUUGGACCCAGAAACAGAAGAAGUGAAUGGACUCUUCUAACCACUGAAACCAUGAUGACAGUAUCCAGAAGGUUUAUAAUCCUCCAAUGGUGAGAAGGACUGCAGCAAGACCAGAGGGCAAGUGAUUUAUUUGACAGAUAUCUGCAUUGAGAUCAUAUCUGCGGCACAAGACAUAUGGUACCCGACUCUCUGCCUUACCAUGUUGCUUCUGACUGAUCUUAUGCAAAGUCAGGAACAGAAAUUUUAAAUCUCACACUGACAAUCAAUAUGUUGCGAGUAAAAUUCAUGUUACUGUUCUAAUUUUUCUAACUCAAAAUAAAUAAUUGGUUACAUUGCCUCCAAACCCCCCA